AUGGCUUUGGCCCUGCUCCACCUCACUUCACAUCUUGUAGUUGGUGAUAGAGACACAUGCGAAACCCCAACCUGCAUUCCCUGCUGGGGCAGAAAUGCGAUUUGCAUUCCCGUUUGCGUUGCAUUGCACUUCACUGGCGGUUUCUGCAAGGGUGCCACCUGUGUAUGCACCAAGCAGUUCCUUGCGGAGGUAGAGACAGAGGCAAGUGGGCGAUCGCAGCCGCCCGUCGAGCCUCCGCUGGGUAAGCGUGGGAUGGGCAUGCUCAACUGA